AUGGCGUCAUCGGGAAUGCGAUUCCUUGAGGCUUUUACACGAGCUUCCAAGCGGCAGCAUGUAUCUGGACGUGCCCAACGUGGUCUAUUUGCUGGUCGUGAUAAAGCAUUUGGUAACAAUGUAUCGUUCUCGAAGCGUCGUACACGUCGUGCUUGGAAAGUGAACCAUCAAUGGAAAAGUUUGUACUCCGAGACAUUGGAUGAGAAAGUGGGACUCAAUGUAACGACGCACACAUUGCGUUGUGUGGAUAAAAUUGGUGGUCUGGACAAUUAUCUACUGAGUAUCAAGGACGAACGCGAUCUCGGCAUCAAGGGGCUUAAGACACGGGACCGUAUUUUAGCCGCUACCAAAGCUCAAGUCUAA